AUGAUGGCCGAAGUUCGCCAAGUUCUCGACAGAGUUUCCGAAAAAAUCAACACCGAUGAGUCUACAAAGAUUCCAAUUCGCUACGGCGAUGCUACAGCCCUCAAAGUCAACCUCUCCCGCCUCAAUAUUCAGAACUUCAGCCUCCCAAUUUACGGAUUUUUCCAAGUCGACCAAUACAACUACAAGAAGUGGAUUUUCAAAGGCAAUCCAUCACCUAAUGCUGUUGCCCUGUUCGCGAUGGACCAUCUCCGUGGAAAAAUCAAAGAAACCCUCAUCGAAACUCCAGUUUCAUCAACAAGAGCCAGAUACCCUCUCAUGACAUUCUCCGGAGCCGAUCUUAAGAAGCAGUUAGAGAAUACUGAGAAAGAUUUCAUUGUCAACUUUUACGGAUGGCCAUGCAAGAACUGCCAAGAGGUAGAAGACCUGUUUUACGAGACAGCGACAUGGGCAAAGAAGUCUUCCAUCUCCCACGUCGUUUUCGCUACAGUAAACGCUUCAUGCAACGAUAUCCCUGUUACAAUCUGGAGAAAUGAGACUUAUCCUUACGCAUGGAUGUUCCCAGCCACAAAUAAGACACAUCCAUCCCAAUUGGAAAGCGGCAGAAGCUUGUAUUUGAUGGCACAGCUUUUGAAGGAUAAUUCAACGCAACCAAUCAAAGCUGCAUGCCUCCAAAGCCAGAGUGGACACCAGAACAGUUAA